AUGUUAAGAAGAGGUAGAAAAAUGCGCCAACCAAUGGCGCUAUUCACUCUAUUCGUAUUAGCUUUAUGCUGGUACAGUUAUAUACCCGCGCUAGUAACAGCAAAUGAAAGUAGUCAUAGAAGUGACAGAGCAUCACAAAAGCAAAGCAACAAUCUCGUUCAAGAUGAUCGAUUAUCAGGUGGCGUGAGUAAACUGUACGACUACCAUCGUGAGCUGUUUACCGGAGGACAGCGACGAAAACGGAAUGCGUUCAGCACACUGUACGAUACUGGCAAUACCCUCAGCGCGAAUGAUUAUGCUGGCGGCGUAAGCGGGACCGUUAACAGCAAUAUUGGCAUUGGCAAUAGUGGCUCAUCUAGAGAGUCGUAUGUUGGGCCAGAACACUUGCGUGACAAUCGGAAACCGAGCUUCGUAGAGUGUGACAGUUACAAACCGAUGUUGAAGGAGGAACAGUCGGUGGGUACACCGGUGCUGCGAGUAACCGCCACUGAUCCUGACCCCCGACAAACGAUCGAGUACAGCUUCGUAACAACGCCGGGAGAACGAGCCCGCUUCCGCAUUGACAAGAGCACUGGUGAGAUCACAACGGCUCACAUCUUCGAUCGGGAUGAGCCUAUUCGUGAGAAGGAGAUCUACAUUACGGUUCGUGCGACCGAUAACGGGCGACCUCGGCUGGACGAUGUGUGCACCUUCAAAGUGACGAUCCUUGACAUCAACGACAAUCCGCCUGUAUUCGAUAAGGUGCGCUAUGAAGAGUCUGUGACGAAAGACAUGAAAGCAAACCAGCGGGUAGCAACCAUUUCGGCGACAGAUAUGGAUGACGGAGAUAACAGCAUUAUCAAGUACGAAAUCGUGCAGCAGAACCCAGACAGCAGUUAUUUCAAAAUAAACGAGAAUAACGGUGUGCUCACUCUAACAAAAUCGGUCGAUCGCAGUCCUGGCCAGUACUAUGCGAUCCGCGUGAGAGCUUAUAAUGUGGAUCCUCAGGGGGAGGCUGUACAGGAUGCGGAGGUGGACGUUAAAGUGCGUGUUGUGGAGUCCAAUAAACUUCCACCUUACUUCACCAAGGUACAAGCUACGCCGAUCGUGUUAAAUGAAACGUUUAAGAAUUACACCGAAUCAUUAGCAGAAUUCGAUGCAGAAUCAAACAUUCCUGAGAAACCGGAAGUCAUCUUCGAACUGAUUCAAGGUCGUGCUGAACAAACGAAUUCUAAAAAUACCUUCCUACUGGAACAGGUCAAUAACACUGCCUCAAUCAAGCUAGGGAAGACGUUGGAUUAUGAAACCGUGACGGAGUAUACUCUGACAGUGAGUGUAAAAAAUUCACAUGAUCUGGUCGCAGAAGCUGUGCUUAAGAUCAAGGUGUUGGAUGAAAACGACAUUAUUCCGGUGUUCACGGAGGUGACGUCGGGAACGAUCCCCGAAGACGAGCCACCCGGUACUGCUGUGAUGCAGGUACGAGCAUACGAUCUCGAUGGAACUUCGGCCAACAACAUCGUAUCGUACCGGUUCGACGACGAAAAUCAGCAGUUGUUCCACAUCGAUAGUCGAACGGGGAACAUUACCUCACUGGUGGAGUUUGACCGAGAAGCAACGGAUUCUUAUCAUUUAAAGAUCAUCGCCGAAGACAACUCCCCAUCGGCUUUAUACAGAAACGGCAAGCCGAACAGUAUCUCACAGCUAUUUAUUAUUAAGAUUUCGGACAAGAACGAUCAUCAACCGAAAUUCGUAAAAGAUCAUUUUGUGGCAGAAAAUGUACCGGAAGAUGCGAACAUUAACACGGUAGUGAUCGAAGUGACUGCUAUAGAUCAGGACACAGCCUCGCUAAUUACCUACAGCAUUAUUGAAGGUAAUGUGGGUGAUGCGUUCAAGAUAGAUGAAAACACAGGUCGCAUCUCAGUGAACAGCCGCCUGGACUAUGAGACAAUCCGUAGCUACCAGUUGAUAGUGCAAGCGGACGAUGGUAUCUUCCAGGACAACGCAACUGUCUCUAUCAAAAUCGAAAAUGUCAACGAUAAUCCGCCACGCUUCAUUGACCUCCGCAAUGUGACGAUUCAAGAAGAAACGAUUCCUCCUGGCUGCAUCAUGACCAUCCAGGCGUUUGAUCCGGACAUCGAGAAUCGAGACGAACCGCAACACAUUCGUUUCUCGUUUGUAAAAGAACAGGAGGACUUGCUGGAGAUCGAUGACACCGGAUGUCUGCGGCUAAGAAAGGCGCUUGAUCGUGAUCCUCCACAAGGCUUUAAGAGCUGGCAAUUUAUUAUCACCGCAACGGAUGAAGAUGGUGCAGGAAAGAAAACGCCGGCUACUGUGAACAUUUUUCUGGAAGAUAUCAACGACAACGCACCAUAUCUAUCGAACGCAAUGCCUGUUGUGUGGGGAGAGAAUCGCUCUCCGGGAUUGAUAGUGAGGUUGACGGCAGAAGACGUCGAUGAGGCACAGAAUGGUCCACCGUUCCAUUACAGCAUUGAUCCUAACGCGCCAUACGAAAUCAAAGAACGUUUCCAAGUGCAAGGAGACGAACUAUAUGCGCUGGUGGAAUUUGAUCGAGAGGAGCAGAAAGAGUAUCGAGUACCGAUCAGAAUCAGCGACUCUGGUGAAGAGCCGAUGAGCGACGUCAGUAUACUGCAGUUAGUGAUUGGCGAUGAAAAUGACAACGAGAUGAGGCCAGGCGAAAGUCGUAUCUUCGUUUACAACUACAAGGGCGAAUCUCCAAAUACGGAAGUCGGUCGAGUAUAUGUGGAUGAUCCGGACGACUGGGAUCUACCGGACAAGACGUUCCAGUGGGACGAUGCUACUCGUCAUCAGUCGGUCGACUACUUCGAUCUAAAUCGGGACACAGGCAUGAUCACGAUGCUACAAGGUACACGAGGUGGAGAGUAUGAGCUAAACUUCCAUGUGAUUGAACAGUCGAACUACUUCCCGCGCCACAACGUCACGGCUAAAGUAAUAGUAACAGUGAAAGAGAUCCCCGAGGAGGCAGUGGAUAAGAGUGGAUCGAUCCGUUUCCAUAACGUAACGGCGGAGGAGUUCGUGUCGCGUACACCUGGCCAACUGACUACACCCAAAGAUCGACUGCAAACGAGCAUUGCGAACACUCUCAACGUGAGUCGCGAGAAUGUGGACGUGUUCACUGUUCUGAAGCGCGACAAUGCCAACGGUACAUUCUUGGAUGUACGGUUUUCAGCCCACGGUAGUCCUUAUUACGCACCUGAGCGACUCAACGGAAUGCUCGGCUAUCGACUCCGACAGCUCGAGGAGGAUGUGGGGCUGUCGGUGUUAAUGGUGGGAAUCGACGAGUGCAUCGAAGAGGGUCGCAACUGUGAACUAUCGUGCAAGAACACACUCUACAAAUCGAACGUCCCGAUCGCAGUUUACACAAACACCAGUUCAUUCGUGGGUGUGAAUGCCUUCGUACAGGCGGAGUGCGUAUGCGAGGUGGCUCCCCCUGCGCUUACAUGUCUAAAUGGAGGCUUCCUGAUAAACGAUCGGUGUUCCUGUCUAGAAGGCUUCGAAGGUCCUCAUUGCGAGAUGCUUAGCAUCGGAUUCUAUGGUAGUGGGUAUGCUCUUUACCCACCGAUCAGUCCCUGUAACAUGACGCGAAUCAGUCUAGAGCUGUCACCACACCUGGAAGAUGGCUUGGUGAUGUACAUUGGACCGCUUAACUAUAAUCCUCGGUUGCCCGUGCAAGAUUUCUUGGCGCUAGAACUCGUCAAAGGGCUUCCAGUAUUGCUGCUCGACUAUGGCAGCGGCACUAUCCGGAUCGAACAUCGCCAUCGGUUCCCCCAGGGCAAACCAUUUACCGUAGAAAUCGUACUGCAACCACAAACGAUCGAGAUGAUCGUAGACAACUGCAAGCUUUCCACGUGCAUGAGUCUGGAUGCACCGAAAGGACCAAACCGUUUCUUGAACGUAAACGCUCCUCUUCAGCUUGGUGGUGCAGCCGUCAAUUUAGACUAUCUCGGAUCAUUGUUCAACUGGACGUACGUACCACAGGACAAAGGUUUCAGCGGCUGCCUGAGAAACCUCACCAUCAACGAGCGCACGUAUGAUCUUGGACUGCCGAGCCUGUCGAAAAAUGCCGAUCCCGGUUGUCAACGUUCCGUGGCAGUGGCCGUAUCGUUUGGCAUCGAUUCUUACUUCCUGAUCGCGAUCAUUGCCUGCAUCGUGUUGCUGCUGGUAUUGCUGCUUGCGGUGGUCGUCCACAAGAAACACCAGGACGGUUGGCACGAGAAAGACAUGGACGACAUACGGGAAACGAUAAUCAACUACGAGGAGGAGGGUGGUGGUGAACGAGACGCUGAAUAUGAUCUCACCGUGCUGCAGGCACCGCCGAUUUAUCUCGACAAGCCGUACGGCAGUGAGUUGCGACAGAAGGAGGCAACUACGGAGGUGCCCGACAUUGGCGCUUUCCUCACCGACAAGAAGGACGCAUGCGACAAAGAUGCGGACGCGUACCCGAUCGACGACGUGCGACAUUAUGCUUACGAGGGCGAUGGUAACAGUACGGGCUCGCUGUCGAGUCUGGCCUCCUGUACCGACGAGGGUGACUUGAAGUUCAACUAUCUGUCUAACUUUGGACCGCGGUUCCGGAAGCUGGCCGACAUGUACGGCGAAGAGCCUUCCGACACCGAUUCGAACGUGGAUGACGACGAAGGCUGGAGGAUAUGA